AUGCAGCGUGCAUUGAGCUCCCGGGCGAGGGCCUCUGUCCUCUCAUCGGCUGCCACUAAGUACCGGGCCGGAGCUGGCCUCGGUCAGCAGCUCCGAUUCGCGCACAAGGAGCUCAAGUUUGGUGUUGAGGGCCGUGCCGCUCUCCUCGCUGGUGUCGAUACCCUCGCCAAGGCCGUUGCCACCACCCUCGGACCCAAGGGCCGAAACGUCCUCAUUGAGUCCAGCUUUGGCUCCCCCAAGAUCACCAAGGAUGGUGUAACCGUCGCCCGUGCCGUGACCCUCAAGGACAAGUUCGAGAACCUCGGAGCCAAGCUCCUCCAGGAUGUGGCCUCCAAGACCAACGAGGUCGCCGGUGACGGUACCACCACCGCCACUAUCCUCGCCCGUGCCAUCUUCUCCGAGACCGUCAAGAACGUUGCCGCCGGCUGCAACCCCAUGGAUCUCCGCCGCGGUAUCCAGGCUUCCGUUGAGGCCGUCGUCGAGUACCUCCAGAAGAACAAGCGUGACAUCACCACCAGCGCCGAGAUUGCUCAGGUUGCUACCAUUUCCGCCAACAGCGACGUACACAUUGGUGCCAUGAUUGCCAACGCCAUGGAGAAGGUUGGCAAGGAGGGUGUCAUCACCGUCAAGGAGGGCAAGACUGUUCUGGACGAGCUUGAGGUUACCGAGGGUAUGCGAUUCGACCGUGGCUUCGUCUCCCCCUACUUCAUCACCGACACCAAGUCCCAGAAGGUUGAGUUCGAGAACCCCCUGAUCCUCCUGUCUGAGAAGAAGAUCUCCGCCGUCCAGGACAUCAUCCCCGCUCUUGAGGUCUCCACCCAGCAGCGACGACCUCUCGUCAUCAUUGCUGAGGACAUUGAGGGUGAGGCCCUCGCUGUCUGCAUCCUGAACAAGCUCCGUGGUCAGCUCCAGGUUGCUGCCGUCAAGGCCCCCGGCUUCGGUGACAACCGCAAGUCCAUCCUCGGCGAUCUUGCCGUUCUCACCAACGGUACCGUCUUCACCGAUGAGCUCGACAUCAAGCUUGAGAAGGCUACCCCCGACAUGUUCGGUUCCACUGGCUCCAUCACCAUCACCAAGGAGGACACCAUCCUCCUCAACGGAAACGGUGCCAAGGACAGCAUUUCUCAGCGCUGCGAGCAGAUCCGUGGUGUCAUUACCGACCCCACCACCUCUGAGUACGAGAAGGAGAAGCUCCAGGAGCGUCUAGCCAAGCUCUCUGGCGGUGUCGCCGUCAUCAAGGUCGGUGGCUCCUCCGAGGUCGAGGUCGGCGAGAAGAAGGACCGAUUCGUCGAUGCCCUGAACGCCACCCGCGCCGCCGUCGAGGAGGGUAUCCUCCCCGGUGGUGGUACUGCCCUGAUCAAGGCCUCCGUCAACGCCCUGAACGACGUUAAGACUUCCAACUUUGACCAGCAGCUCGGUGUCAACAUUGUCAAGAGCGCCAUCACCCGCCCUGCCCGCACCAUCAUUGAGAAUGCUGGUCUUGAGGGCUCCGUGAUCGUCGGCAAGCUCUCUGAUGAGCACGCUGCCGACUUCAACAGGGGCUUCGACAGCGCCAAGGGCGAGUACGUCGACAUGAUUGCUACCGGUAUCCUGGACCCCUUCAAGGUUGUCCGUACCGGUCUCAUUGACGCCAGCGGCAUUGCCUCUCUGCUGGGCACCACCGAGGUCACCAUUGUCGACGCCCCUGAGGAGAAGGGCCCCGGCGGCCCUCCCAUGGGUGGCAUGGGCGGUAUGGGCGGCAUGGGUGGCAUGGGUGGCAUGAUGUAA